AUGUCCUACGGCAAGCAACCAUCAGAAUUCAGUGUCCGCAAGGUCGGCGCUCCCAACACACUCGAUUUCCGUGCUUUCAUUGAGAAAGAUGGCACUCCAGUCUCACCUUUCCAUGACGUGCCUUUGUAUGCCAAUGAGCAGCAGACCGUGUUGAAUAUGAUCGUUGAGAUUCCAAGAUGGACAAAUGCCAAGCUAGAGAUCUCGAAAGAGGAGUUUCUCAACCCAAUAAAACAAGACAUCAAGAAGGGCAAGCUCCGCUUCGUUCGCAACUGUUUCCCUCACAAAGGCUAUCUCUGGAAUUAUGGUGCCUUCCCACGAACAUGGGAAGAUCCAAACGUCGUUCACCCCGAAACCAAAGCCAAAGGCGACAAUGAUCCACUUGAUGUCUGCGAAAUCGGCGAGUUGGUCGGCUACACCGGUCAGAUCAAGCAAGUCAAAGUGCUGGGCGUCAUGGCACUACUGGAUGAAGAAGAGACGGACUGGAAGAUCAUUGUGAUCGAUGUCAAUGACCCACUGGCGCCAAAGUUGAACGACAUCGAGGAUGUUGAGAGACACCUUCCCGGGCUGCUCCGAGCAACAAAUGAGUGGUUCCGAAUCUAUAAGAUCCCAGAUGGAAAGCCAGAGAACCAAUUUGCCUUUAGCGGUGAAUGCAAGAACAAGAAAUACGCUCUGGAAGUGAUCCGAGAGUGCAGUGAUGCUUGGGAGAGAUUGAUCACAGGCAAACAACGACCGGGUGACAUCAAUCUCGCGAAUGUCCUCAACGAAUCAUCUCCAGACCACGUUGAUCCAGCACAGCUCAAAAACAUUCCUCGGGGGGACAGCCAGCCACCAGCAACGAUUGAUGGCAGCGUUGACAAGUGGUUCUUCAUCUCUGGCGCUGCUGUCUAA